AUGAGUGAGGGUGACUGGGAUCAGGUGACUGUACUAAGGAAGAAGCCUCCGAAGGCAUCGGCCAUGAAGACCCAACAGGCCAUCAAUGCUGCCCAAAAGCAGGGCAUUCCCAUCGAGACCAACAAGAAGUAUGCCGCGGGAACCAACAAGCACUCGGCCACGACCCUCAACACCACUAAACUGGACAGAGAGACCGAGGAGUUGCACCACCAGACGGUCACUCAGGACGUGGCGCGACUCAUCCAACAGACACGACAGGCGAAGGGCAUCACUCAGAAGGACUUGGCCACCAAGAUAUGCGAGAAGCCACAGGUCGUGAACGAGUACGAGUCCGGCAAAGCCAUCCCCAACCAGCAGGUCAUCGGCAAACUCGAGAGGGCUCUCGGGGUUAAGCUCCGCGGCAAAGACAAGGGUCAGCCGCUGGUCCCCAAACCCGCCAAGAAGUGA